UUAAUACCUAUUAUUGUUCAUAAAAAAUAUAUUUUCUUUUCUUUUGUUACUAUUUUGCUAUACAUUAACAAUUAAUUAUUAGCCACUUUAAUUUGGAAUGUUUAUCAAAAUGUCGUUUGAUAUCAGUAUAAAUUCUUAAUUCGGACGGUGAUUAAUAAAAAAAAUGUCUACACGAGAGUUAAAAAUAUCGGACAGUUACAUUUUUUCGCCAAUUUUACGUUGCAAAAUAUAUCAUUAAUUUAUAGUCCAAUAUUAUUUCGAAAUGAACAAAUUAAAAUCAUCUCAAAAAGAUAAAGUGAAAAAGUUCAUGACAUUCACUCAGACAUCUGAAAGUGUUGCAAUUUUUUGUUUAGCCAAAAAUGACUGGAAAUUAGAACAAGCGUCCGAUAACUUUUUUCAAAAUCCACAUGAAUAUGAAACUGUGAAAAUCAACACCCAAUUAAGUUUUGUUGUUGAUAAAAGAAAGCUGGAGGCCUUGUAUGCUAGAUAUCGUGAAUUUAUGUUCCUUAUAAUUUUUAUUAGGUCUGAUUCAAUAGAGAAAUUAAAAAUUAGAUUACCAACUCUGGAAAGAGAACUUUCAGAUCCAUCAAAAUUCAAAGAUUUUUACUAUUUUACAUUCAAUUAUGCUAAGAAUAUAGGUCAAAAAGGGCUAGACCUUGAUAUGGCUAUUACUUACUGGAACAUUAUUUUUGUGGGGCGAUUCAGGUUCCUUGAUCUAUGGUGCCAAUUUCUCAGAGAACACCAUAAUAAAUCAAUACCUAGAGAUACGUGGAAUCUUUUAUUAGAAUUUGCUAGUGUUAUUGAUGAAGAGAUGACAGAUUAUGAUCAAGAAGGAGCGUGGCCAGUUCUAAUUGAUGAAUUUGUAGAAUGGGCUAGGCCUAUAGUUUGUCAAAAUAAAUCAUCCCAUAUUAUAAGUGAGACCAGAUUAUUGUAAAAAUGAUUGAACAUCGUAUAUAUUAUUAUAUAUAUGUUUUUAAAUUAUAAUAUUAAAAAUGUUGAUCCUCUGUUUUAAAUUUGUUCGAGGGAGAAUAAUGUAUGACUGCUCUACUAAAAUAUGUACCUUGGGAAUAUUUUUAAAACAUGUUAUUUAAUUUGUAUAGCUUAAAUUAUAUUAACAUUAUAUUCUUUAUCUCUUACAAAAUUUGGAAUUUAAUAAUUAUUGUGUUAUUAAAGCUUUAAUGAAGAUGAAGUAAGUAUUUAGGUCUCAUUGUUUGUACUUUGUUUGUAUAGGUUUUAUCAUUAAUAAUUUGUAUAAAUUUAAAUAAUAUACAUUACUGGUUCUGGCUAUCAAUAACUACAACKUAAUUGUAAAUUAAUUUAUUAAUAUAACAUACUUAUAUACUUAUAUAU